GGCGAGGGACAUGGCGGCUGAGUUGUUAGUGCGCUCCGGGCCUUUGGACGUCUUUCUGCGGGACCGGGGUUGGCUCCAGGUUCAGGCCGAGCUGCGGCAGAGCAGCUUCAGGCUGAGCUGCGAGGAGACGAGGCCCGAGGCUGAGGCUUGGGACCGGCUGUCGAACGGUUCCCCGCGGCCUCGGAGCCCGAGCCCGGUACAUAUGUGUCCAGCGGGGCCUGGCGCGGGAGACUUGAACUACAGUCCGCCCGCCCUGGUAGCCCUGGAGGCUGGCAGCCCUAAUCCCGAGCUCGCAGCGCUGGUGGAUCGGGUGCGCACCGUCCGAGUGCUGAAGCAGGAGGCUGGCGGACUCGGCAUUAGUAUUAAAGGCGGCCGCGAGAACCGGAUGCCCAUCAUUAUCUCCAAGAUCUUCCGAGGCCUGGCGGCUGACCGCACCGGCGCGCUCUUCGUCGGCGACGCCAUCCUGUCGGUGAACGGAACCCGCCUACAGGCUGCCACCCACGACGAGGCCGUGCAGGCCCUGAAGAAGGCUGGCAAGGAGGUGACACUCGAGGUUACUUACAUCCAAGAAGUGACGCAAUACUUUAAAAAGCCCUCAUUGAUUGCAGACCUUGCGUGGGACAGUCUGACACCUCAGUCUCCAUCUCUGCGAGGUGAAGCCUCUGGUUCUCCAGAUCACAGUGCUAAAGACAGCAAGACUUUUCCGCUGAAGAUGUGCUAUGUCACGAGGAACCUGAGCGUGUCUAAUCCGGAGAGCAGGUUAUUUGAGCUGCACUCCCCUGAUGGCAGACAUGUGAUUCUCCUGCGGAGCAAAGACGCUGCUACCACACAUGCCUGGUUCAUGGCGAUCCACGCCAGUAUCACAGCUCUGAUCCCUCAGGCACAGUCUGACUUAGCUGAACUCCUGGGGCCCAGUUGCAGGGCCAUUCAGCAUCUUGGCUGGAUCGCAGAACAGAUGAAAGUGGAAGAUGGAAAGCAGCAGUGGAAACCGGUGUUGGCGAUCCUCACGGACAAAGAUUUGCUGCUUUACAACAGUGUGCCCUGGAAUCGAGAUCAUUGGGCAUCACCUUGCCAAAGCCACCCGCUGCUGGCCACCAGGUUGGUUCACUCAGGCUCUGCACAAGGGUCACCAUCCAUUCGUUCAGAGCUGGUAUUUGCUACACGGACUGGCUCGCGACAAGGUGUUGAAAUGCAUGUCUUCCGUGUGGAGACUCACCGGGACUUGUCAACGUGGACACGUAUGCUGGUUCAAGGUUGCCAUGGUGCUUCUGAGUUGAUUAAGGAGGUGACCCUAGGAUGCACUUGGAACGGGCAGGAUGUCAGGCUGGUUGUUAACUACGAGAGUGGUUUUGUGAUGUGUCGGGGGAAUCCAACCAUGGAUCCGUCCAACAUCCUAUUUCAGUAUCCGUUUGAAAGGUUGAAGUCAUCAGCCGAUGAUGGGAUCAGAACUCUAUUCCUGGACUUCGGGGGGCCAGAAGGAGAGCUGGUGUGUACAGGCACUGGACUUGCAUUCAUGCCCAAAACCUGCUGUUUUUGUCAUUCACUCAUUUCUUUCGGCUAAGGUGACACGGAUGGGGCUGUUGGUUUGAGGAUUGUCUGGUGAAACACCAAAGACUAUUAGGAGUGGAAAGUGCAGGAGAAUGGAGCCAGCUGCUAAUCUCACCUGAGUCGUAUCACACACCUCUCCAUGUUACUGAAUGUUGCCAGAUGUGCCUUUCUGUACGAAUAACUGACUCCUAUAAGUGCACAUUAACCUAUUCAUCUAAAGACAGUUGCUUUGCUUUGGAGUACACAGUUUUAUAGUUUGUAAAGGAUGUUAGCUUUAAACUAGCUGGUCUGGUGUUAUCCUGUGAUUAGUACAACACCUUCCAGUCCAGGGGCAGACCUCCUGCCUGGACAGACAAAACCUGCUGUGUUACAAAGGCUGGACCUGUGUUCUAAUGCAAUGAAAUGAAUUGUUAUCUUUUAUUGUCUAAGGACAGAAUGUCGUAUAAAUUACAAAGCUCAGAUUUGUGGAUUUGUUUCAGGAAGCCAUAAAUACCCUGAAGCAACACAUUUCUUCAGACCAUCGGUAUUCCUGUGAUAUUCCUGGAAUAGGUUCUCAGCAGUGCGGAAUUGUCUGUGAAAUCAGUGACACUGGGCUGAAUGAAGCAAUGGUGCUGCUGUUGUGGCUCAGUACACUCACUGUCUAUUCAUGCUAAUGUCGGUGUAAAGCCAGAAACCAGAGGCGUGUGUGGGAUGGAAGUGGUGCUGGUCCCCACCCCACCCCUUCAAGCACUAGGAAAUAGGGUAGAAUGAGUAUUCCCUUGAACAAGUCACAGUUAGAGGCUGGUCAUCCCUGUGGCUAGCAGUGAAAGACAGGCUGACUUGUGUGAGCCUCAGUUCUGCUCUCAGUGACCACCAGUAUCUCAUCUCCCUUUUCUCAUUCUGACAGUAGCCUUCAGCACCUCCCAGCAUGUGGUCACCACGCAUCAGGAAGGUCACUGUCUGGUUAAGGUGAGUGUAGAAAAGCUUCACAACAAAGUUAUAAAUGUUGAAAAGUAAAAGUCAAAGCUGCUGGGAGUUGGGAACCCUGUCAAGGGAAAAGGGUCAGAUAUAGGCAGCUGGGAUCAUGAAUCUCUGGUAAUAUAUAGUGGGUGUCAGAGGAAACUCAAAAGGAAAUUAGAAUGGCAGAGAGGGUCCUUUGGCAGAAGAAAAUGAGGAUCCUAAAAGAUUUUUGAAGUGUUAAGGGAAAAAGAGUGCCUUGGGAGACGAAAUCAAUGGCUCUUAAAUACCAAGGCAGAAAUGUAUGUGUGGAGCAGUUGAAGAUGGGCAGAGGUCCCAAUGAUUAUUUUUGUCUUUGUUUUUACCAUGGAGAGAGGUGUUAGUGGAGAUGUUUUGGGAGCAGUCCAGGUUACUGUAGAAGAGCUGCCGCUUGCGUUAGAACGUAUGAAGGUAGAUAAUACGCUAUGGGAAGCCAGAAAAGAAAUAGGGGAACACUUGCUGAGAUAUUUGCAACAUUGCCAUACUCUGGUGAGAUAUUAGAAGGUAGAAAAUGUUUUCCUUUAUUCAAGAAUAGCAGGACAAAAGACCAGUUAGCCUUGCAUCCAGAGUACGUAAGAUGCUGGACAGCAUUCUGAGCAAUAAUAUAUAUUUAUUUUCGAAAAUGCAAGGGUUGAUUUGUGGUAUCUAUUGUGGCUUAGUGUGUGGGAGAUUUGUCUUAUGAAUUUGAUUGAGUUUUUCAAUAAAAUAGGAAAGUUGAUGAGGGGAGGGCAGCAGACACCAUUGCUCUCGGGUUCUCAAGAUCACACAAGCCUAGGUAAUGAUAGAGAUCGAGAAGAUUAUAAUGCUAGCAGGAAGGAGCUUAAGAACGAAGUUAGGAGAGCCAGAAGGGGCCAUGAGAAGGCCUUGGCCAGUAGGAUUAUGGAAAACUCCAAGGCAUUCUACAAGUAUGUGAAGAGCAAGAGGAUAACACAUGAGAGAAUAGGACCAAUCAAGUGUGACAGUGGAAAAGUGUCUAUGGAACCGGAGGAGAUGGCAGGGGUACUUAAUGAAUUCUUUGCUUCAGUAUUCACUGUGGGAAAGGGUCUUGGCGAUUGUAGGAAUGACUUACAGCGGAUUGAAAAGCUUGAGCAUAUAGACAUUAAGAAAGAGAAUGUGCUGCAGCUUUUGGAAAGCAUCGAGUUGGAUAAGUCGCUGGGACCAGAUGAGAUGUACCACAGGCUACUGUGGGAGCUGAGGAAGGAGAUUGCUGAGCCUCUGACAAUGAUCUUUGCAUCAUCAAUGGGGACGGGAGAGGUUCCGAGGAUUGGAAGGUUGUAGAUGUUGAUCCCUCAUUCACGAAAGGGAGUAGAGAUAGCCCAGGAAAUUAUAGACCAGUUAGACUUACUUCAAUGUUUGGUAAGUUGAUAGAGAAGUUCCUGAGAGGCAGGAUUUAUGAACAUUUGGAGAGGCAUAAAAUGAUUAAGAAUAGUUAGCAUGGCUUUAUCAAAGGUCUGUCGUGCCUGAUUGGAUUUUUUGAGGAUGUGACUAAACACAUUGAUGAAGGAAGAGCAGUAGAUGUAGUGUAUAUGGAUUUCAGCAAGGCAUUUGACAGGUACCCCAUGCAAGGCUUAUUGAGAAAGUAAGGAGGCAUGGGAUCCAAGGGGACAAUUGCUUUGUGGAUCCAAAAUUGGCUUGCUCACAGAAGGCAAAGAAUGGUUGUAGAAGUGUCAUAUUCUGCAUGGAGGUCAGUGACCAGUGGUGUGCCUCAGGGAUCUGUUCUAGGACCCCUUCUCUUUGUGAUUUUUAUAAAUGACCUGGAUAAGGAAGUGGAGGUAUGGGUUAGUAAAUUUGAUGAUACAAAGGUUACGGGUGUUGUGGAUAGAAUGGAGAGUUGUCAAAGGUCAGAGUGGGACAUCGAUAGGAUGCAAAACAGGUCUGAGAAGUGGCAGAUGGAGUUCAACCCAGGUAAGUGUGAAGUGGUUCAUUUUGGUAGGUCAAAUACGAUGGCAGAAUAUAAUAUUAAUGUUAAGACUCUUGGCAGUGUGGAGGAUCAGAGGGAUCUUGGGGUCCGAGUCCAUAGGACACUCAAAGCUGCUGUGCAGGUUGACUCGGUGGUUAAGAAGGCAUACGGUGCAUUGGCCUUCAUCAACCGUGGGAUUGAGUUUAAAAGCUGAGAGGUAAUGUUGCAGCUAUAUAGGACCCUGGUCAGGCUCCACUUGGAGUACUGUGCUCAGUUCUGGUCACCUCACUACAGGAAGGAUGUGGAAACCAUAGAAAGGGUGCAGAGGAGAUUUACAAGGAUGUUGCCUGGAUUGGGAAGCAUGCUUUAUGAGAAUAGGUUGAGUGAACUCAGCUUUUUCUCCUUGGAGCAAUAGAGGAUGAGAGAUGACCUGAUAGAGGUGUACAAGAUGAUGAGAGGCAUUGAUUGUGUGGAUAGUCAGAGGCUUUUUCCCAGAGCUGAAAUGGCUAGCACGAGAGGGCACAGUUUUAAGGUGCUUGGACUUGGGUACAGAGGAGAUGUCAGGGGUAAGUUUUUUACGCAGAGAGUGGUGAGUGCGUGGAAUGGCUGCCAGCAAUGGUAUAGGAGGCAGGUAUGAUAGGGCCUUCUAAGAGACUAGAUGGAGCUUAGAAAAAUAGAGGGCAAUGGGUAACCCUAGAUAAUUUCUAAGUAAGUGUAUGUUUGGCACAGCGUUGUGGGCCGAAGGACCUGUAUUGUGCUGUAGGCUUUCUGUGUUUCUAAGCCUCUGCACCAUGACAAGGUGGCAGUAGUCCGGAGAGCCUACAUCUGGUUGUCAUGGUCAUAUACAGACUGAAGGGCCUGUUACUAUGCUGUGUGCCUGAGUUGUGAGGAGAGACUGGAUAGGCUGGGACUCUCUCCCUGGAGCAAAGGAGGCUGAAGGGUGACCUUGGAGAGGUUUGUAAAAUCAUGGGGACACAGGCAAGUUGGAUGGUCUGUCUUUUUACUGGGGUAAAGGGUUAGAAGGCAAAGGAUAAUGCUUUAAAGGGGACCUGAGGGACAGGUUUUCCCACACAGGGGGUGGUGGGUAUAUGGAAUGAGCUGCCAGGGGAAGUGAUAGGAGAGGCAGGUAUAAUAACAAUCUUCUAAAAGGCAUUUGGGUUACUUCAUGGAUGUGAAAAGUUUAAUCAGUUAGGAUUUGUGCUAAAUGCAGAUAAAUGCGAUGAGUUCAAGGAGGUACCUGGGUCAGCAUGGAUCAGUUGGGUUGAGGGGCCCAUUUCCCUCUGUAUGAUCUGUGGACAUGGAAUCUGAAAGUUUCCUGUUUGCUGUAACCCGCCAUAGCUCAUGUCAUCCUGCUGAAAGAUGAGGUCCGUGAAGAGCUGGUUGUGCUGGUUUUUUGGAAGCAGCAGAGCCCCCUCAGCCUCACAUCUCCUCUGGGAAACGACAGACUCUCUGCAUUGAAAUUGCCAUCUCAGAGAGGUAGCAGGAUUGUUGUAGGAUUCUCUGUUUACAGUGCCCCCUCCUCUGGGGAAAACGUGGUCUUACAGAGAUUGAUGAGGGAUUGGAUAAUGUUGAUCAAAAAGAGUCCUUUCAUUACUGAAACCCACAGAAUCACUGUGGCUCAGUGGGUAGAGCUGCUUUCCAUCGGCUCCAGAGACCCGGGCACAUUCCUAACCUCUGGUGCCAGUUGUGACCCUGUGGGUUUCCACCAGGUGCAUCAGGAUUUGGGAGGUUGAUUGGCUGAAGGGCCUUUUACUCAUUACUCUGACUGUAACAUAGCCUCUUGCCUCUGGGGUAGAUGUACCAAUUUUGCAUAACCCUUGGAUAAUAAAUGGGGCCUACCUGUUCUUGGGUAUCUCAGCCUCUCUUGCCUGUGCCUUGGAUGAGAACUUGGCACAAGGUAGCCUGUGAGUAUGCUGUACCAUUCAACCUGGUCUUGACUACAACCACUUUCUUCCCUUGACCAAAAGGGCCUGAAUAUAAUGUAACUUCAUUUCAGUGACAGGAGAUUUUGAAACUCGUCACCUUCACAAAAAAAAAAAAAAAUUCUUUCUUUUCCCUUAACCUCAUUUGCCACUGCUUAUUGUGAAACAACCUCCUCUCAACAUUUACUUUGUCAAUCGUUUUCAAUUUUACCUCCCAUUGUCUCAUUGUUUCUUAAUCCAUCAAAAUCUUCAUGGCAGGAAUAAUCUAGUAAAUCUUCUCCAAGCUGUCUGCAGGCAAGGAGAACAAAAUUGUGUAGUACUCCACAAGUGGUUUCUCCACGUAUAAUCCCUAUGUUUGUGUCCAUCCCCCUGCAGUAAAGGCCAGCACUGCUGCAGCAAUGGUCUGUUGUCUCUCUGUUACCUUGUUGUCUGUUAUCUUUAGUAACGUAACAUUUCUCAACAUUCUUUGUCGCCCUCACUUAAAUCAGUUCACCCUACUUCCCCUGUUCUCCUUACCUACCCCAUCUCUUCGUAUAGUCUGUAAAUUUGGUUCCUUCAUUCACAUAGGCCUUCAUUAGUAAUUGAUGCCUUUAGUUACGCUUAACAAUCUGAAGAUGAUUUGAUGACCUUGACUGUUCAAUUUAAUGUAUUAGCCCCAGGACUACAACUCUUUCCUUGCACUGCAAUGUUACGUGGUAUCUUACUGAAUGAUUUUGAAAUCCAAAGACCCCAUCUCCCAGGGUAACCAUCCUAGCCUCACUAGUUGCUUGGGCUACCAUCCCAUGCAUAUCAAGGGAUACAAGAGGCAGGCAAUGACAGGACCCAUUGCUCAGGCUAUAAUUGGAUUGUUUAGUUAUGAUAACUAUGUGUAGAUUCUGCCAUUAAGCUGGUGAAUGGUGACUGACAGCAAUGCUUACUCGAUUGUUAUAUUUUUAACAACACCUUCACUGAGUUGAAGAGUGCCUUAGAGGAAGCUGUCCUAUCCCAGAAGGCAGGAAAGCAGUUGAACUUCACAUUUGAUUGAAAUGUAAUACAGCUCCUGAGAAUCUGCAAUUGCCAAGGAAAUUCUAUUUUUCGAACUGUCUUGUAUUGUGAUACCAAAGUCACAUGGGUGGGAAGAUUGUCGGAGGUUUCCUUGGGUAUCACCCACCCAUGAUUAAACAAAAGACUGUAUCAGCACUUUGUACAUCACGUAUAUAGAAAUAAAUUAUCCAGUUUACUUUUUUGCUAAUGUUCUAGUUUUUAAAACCCUUUCUGCUGGUUGGUGUGAUGUGUAACCGGUUGACAUGCAGCUGGAGGAGGGGUGGAAUGUAUUCUGUUUGAUGGGGAAGGGACAAAGCCUAUUGAAAAGAGUGCAGUCUCAAUGUCAACUGUUUAUUCAUGUCUAUAGAUGCUGCCUGUCCUGCUGAGUUCCUCCAGCAUUUUGUGUGUGUUGCUUGGACUUUCAGCAUCUACAGAUUUUCUCUUGCUGGGGAAGGGACCAAUGUUGUAAGGAUACUGAGCAGUGUUGAACAAACUUAGCAGCUUCCCUUUGAUAAGUUGUAAAUUGUUUUAUUAUUGCCACAUGUACAUUGCAUUCCCUCAUACACAUCAUUUCAUCACAUGGGUUGUACAAACUAAAACAAUAACAGAAUGCAGUAUCAAGUGUUACAGUUACAGUGUGGUGCAGGCAGACAAUAAGGUGCAAGACUGGAAUGAGGUAGAUUGUGAACUUGUCCGUUGUGUUGCAUUGGGGAACCA